AAUAAUAUAAAUUGCGCGCGCAUGUUUAAUGGCGACAGAAUCGUGCGUCCACUCGUUAAAGUGUAAAAAUUGUUCCAAUUUUCAAACGUUUACAUUAAGUUGCAGUGACAAGCCAAUUUGUUUAGUUUACCAUAAGUGCAAUCAAGCAAUUGAAUUUGAUUCCAUUACCAGGGUUUUAUACAACCAGCAAGACGAAGCUCAAAAUGCCAUUGGGCAACCACGCUGCCCUUACUCCUUUGGAAGAUAUGUCAGCAGGGAGAGGUCAAACGGGUGGAGGGCCUCUUCAAAACUGUCAAAAAGUUUUUAUACAACGAGAUUAUAGCGAAGGUACAAUGGUUAAAUUUCAAACACAGUUUCCAACAGAAUUGGAAAGCAGACUGGACAGACAGUCGUUCGAGUAUACAAUCAAUCAGUUGAACAAUUACUUUGCUGAAGCAGAACGUGCCAGUUGUUCAACUUUCUGUGAGGGCUGCCUUGCUUGCCUUACUGGUUAUCUAAUCUUUAUAUGCACUGAAACACAUUACGAGAAGUGCUUGCGAAAGGUCGCUAAAUUUGUUUGCGAACAAAAUGAUAGAAUUUACAAGCCACGUGGAUUAUUGUUAACAGAUCCAACGACUCGUGGUCUCAGGCUAAUAGAAAUCUCUGUAUUAGACAGACCUGCAUCGUGACUGCAUGUUAGCCGAUCUACGGAAUUCUUCAUGUGACCCGCGCAUUUCUGCCGCAUUGCCAGAAUUAACGACCUACAUGCGCUAAUGGAAGUCUUUGGACACAAUUAUGCUGCGCUCUGAUAUAAUUCAAGUUGGUCGUGCAUAAUUCAUUUUUUCAUAUAAAAGAAAAAAUUAAAAAAAGAUUUAAAAGAAAAACCUAGCAAGAAGAUUUUAACAAUACAACAACACAACUUGCACAAUUAUCGUAAUCGAAGAAAAAUUCAUGUGCAA